AAAGGCAAGAAUAGUAUUCAACACUGUUUCGCAGAUCAACAUCAACCUCACAAUCCUUCAAAAAAAUCCAUCCUCGCUCACCCCCUUCCACUCUAUUUCUUCUUCUUUUUUCUUUUUCAUUUUUGUAUUUAGCUUUUUCCCUCUAUUGGUCAUUUUCUGUAUUUUUCAAGCAAUAACUAGCUACACCAAGCCACACAUUAUUAGAAUCCCACUAUAAAAAAGACACGUACCUUUGUCACUUACCAUACAAAUCAAGAGUCUCCAACUUGGGUGACGUGUGAACUGAUUUCCCACCCAUUACAUUGCUUUUUUUCACCCACCACUCUCCAAAAUCUUCUUUCCACACACACAAGAUUGAAGUACACAAACUAAGAACACCACCAUUUCGACAGCCCACAACACAAACACUCUCUUACAUUGUAUGCUAUGUCCCUUUUCUGCAUGGAAGAGAAAACCCUUCUAAUGUCUCACCAGCCCUCUUACUCAACUGAAUCUGACAACCAGAUUCCUCCUCAUCAGCCAUCAAAACCGAAGAAACCCCUCCCCCCCGAUGACAGAAAGAUGGGUCAAGAACACCAAGAGAAGAGUGACAAAACUUCUAAACCCCACGAGAACAAGGUGGAAACUGCAUUGGACUGUGUUGCUGAAGGAAAACCCGUUGAAGGUGAAGCUAGUGGCCGUGAGAGGUUGAAGAGGCAUAGAGUUGAAGUUUCUGGGAGGGUUUGGAUUCCUGAGAUAUGGGGUCAAGAGGAUCUCUUGAAGGAUUGGAUUGACUGCACAGCAUUCGAUGCUCCUUUGGUUCCGAGCAGAAUAGUGAUGGCACGUACGGCUUUGGUGGAAGAAGGUCGAAGGGCCACAUCGGGUGUGAUAAGAAUCGAGAACAGGUGUUGAAUUCUUGUGGCUUAUAUAAUUGGAUUAUUCAGUUCAUUCAGUGAGAAGAACCAUGUAUUGUUAUUGGUUAUGAUAUGAAUGUUUUGUUAAUCCUUGAUCCGUCAUGAUGUUAUUGUAUUAUGAUAUGUAAACAUUAUUAAAUCCUGCGUUCUUUUUUAUUAACCGUUUGAUAGAUACAUUACAAAAGUUAAAUUCUAAAGCCCCUAUUCCCAAAUCCAGAACCUUAAACUAGUGUACAAAUCACAUUAGUUCAAUUAUAAU